UGCCAGUUCGCUUUCCAUUCAUCAUACAUACAUACGAGCUACCCAUACAUACAUACAGCUGCCCCCCCCCCCAUCCACUUUCAAAGGAAGAACACCCCUGCUGUCUGCUUAUCCUUGGCCCAAAACGACCCGCGGGACGUGACUGUCAACUCACAUCAUCCUGCAUUUGUCCUCUCCUCGUCUUUUCCCAUCCUCGUUCCGUCUCUUUAAAGCAACAGUCCUCGCUCACUCGCCUUCACCAAUGUCCAACAACCCCCACGAUCUCAGCGACCCUAAUCGCCAGGGACAGUAUCCACCACCUCAGUGGAACUCGACUCAACCCGAGGACAACCCUUCGGCGCACUAUCCGCCACAAUACCCGUAUCCUCCGGCUUCCUACCCUCCUCCGUCGGCCGAGCACCCAUACCCCCCUCCCGCGUCGCAGUAUCCGCCUCCUCCGCCCAACAUGGCUGCUAUUCAUCCCCACGUCCAGGGCCCGCAAGAUCCAUACCGUCUUCCUCCACCUCCUGGUCCUUAUCGUCCAGACGUCUAUGCACAGGCACCCCCACCACCUCAGGUAGUCUACCAAGCUGCUGCCCCACGUCAACGGACUGCUAUUGCUUGUCGCUAUUGUCGGAGACGGAAGAUUCGCUGCUCGGGAUUUGAAAGCUCCCAGGACGGACGCUGCAGCAACUGCAUCCGGUUCAAUCAAGAGUGCAUGUUCACUCCCGUCUCAUCUCAGGCGCAAGCUUUCGUCCCCGCCCAUGCUGCCUACCCACACUUGCGCAAUCCGCAAAGCCGAGCUGCCGGUCCCCCCGUGAUGCUAUAUGGAGCGCAUGGACAGCCGCUUCCUCCUCAACAGCAACCCCAGGCCGACCCGACUCUUCCACCACCACAAGGAAUGUACAACUAUCCGGGUGCCGCUUCCCCCCUUGCAUCAGGAGCUUCGGAACAUAGACCUGGUGGCCGUCGAGGCUCCGGCUCCGGCUACGACUACCCCGAUCCCACCAAUUUGGCUCCGGUAAUACCUACGACUUCAGCAUCAGGGUAUCAAACGCACAACGCACCCAGUCCGUACUACCCCCCGCCGCAGCAUGACCGCCGUUCUUCUCCGCAAAGUUAUCCCUACGAUGGCCGCCACACAUCCUCGCCUCACGGUUCGCCCUAUCCACCCAUGCAUUCCAGUCAGGGCGCAAUGACACCUCCGCCCACCUCCACGCCAGGUGGUUCGACUCGUGGAGGACUCAAUGUGCGUGACAUGCUGAACCCCGGGGACAGCCAGGGUCGCUCUAGCACCGAUAGUGACAUGCUUAACGCAUUGAACCGUCGGGGCUUGAACCAAUAAACUCUUCAGCGACAAUUCAAAUGCGCAUGUGAUUUCUGAUCGGAAGAGUUACAUGCCAGACUUGUUGCCAGGGGAAGGAGAAAGUUGCAGGUUGAAUUCGGGCAGAGAACAUCGAUUUUAUGUUAGUAGCGUUGAUGGAUGCGCCCGAUCCGUGUGCUGGUCACACAUUUUU